AUGUUUGGUUUGAGAACUGCUGCCAGACAGUCCUUGAGAAACGGUAGACGUGCCUUGAUGGGCAACCGUCGUGGGUUUGCUGCCGGUUGCGUUGUCAGAAAAGACAGUACCCCAACUUACGAAGACUUGGUCAACCUAAGUUCAUUACCAAGAGAAGUUCCAAAAGAAAUACAUUACGAACCUCACAAUCCUGCUGAUGACUAUGCCGUCCAGAGCGAGGAAUUGCACAAGUUUGGGAAAUAUUUGAUCACCGCGAUGCCAAAAUUCAUCCAAAAGUUUUCUGUGUGGAAGGACGAAUUGUGUCUUUACAUUGGUCCUAAUGCGGUUAUCCCAGUGUGUACUUUCCUUAAAGACCAUACCACUGCGCAAUUCAAGAACCCUGUCGACGUCACUGCCGCCGACUACCCAUCAAGAACCAAUAGAUUUGAAGUUGUCUACAACUUUUUGUCGACCAAGUACGGAUCAAGAAUCAGGGUCAAGACUUACGCGUCAGAAGUUAGCCCAGUCCCAUCGAUCGAACCAAUUUUCCACGGGGCUAACUGGUUUGAAAGAGAAGCUUACGAUAUGUUUGGGAUUUUCUUUGAAGGCCAUCCUGAUUUGAGAAGAAUUAUGACAGAUUACGGGUUUGAAGGUCAUCCAUUAAGAAAAGAUUUCCCAACCACCGGGUACACCGAAGUAAGAUAUGACGAAGAAAAGAAGAGAGUGGUUUAUGAACCAUUGGAAUUGACCCAGGCUUUCAGACAAUUCAACGUUGGGUCAAGUGUUUGGGAACAAGUGGGGCCAGGUAAGGACUCUACCCCAGAAUCUUUCAAAUUGCCAACUCCUCAACCAGAACCAGAACAAGAAGAAGGUAAGGAGAAGAAAUAA